CCUUUCUCGUUCAAGCAGAAACUCCGCAACCCGCACGCAAGGCACCGAAAUCAUCAAACAUGGCAGCCACUGCCGCUCAUAAACUUAUAUUUAUUUUAGGGAUUUCAUCAUUACUGCAUGCCGCUUAUUCGGCAGCUCAACAUCGAGCCUACCUUCGGAUAACAGAACAAGAAUUUGUUGGACUUCCCAUUGAUAUAUUGAUUCAAGGCAUUGUCAGUCUUUUUGUGACUAUGUAUGGCAUUUUGACAUUGGCUGGAGAGUUUAAGGAAAUUCGAUCAACAGUUGAUCUUGAAUCUAAAACAUGGGAGACCUUCCGAAAUUGCCCCUCAUUUUAUACAUUCAAUCAUAGAGGGAGGGCUCUAUCACCCUACUACGACCCUCCUUUGGACUAAUUUUUUUGUUUUUUAUAUUGGAAAGAUACAUACAUUCCUUCCAAAGUUAUAAUCUGUGGCAUGUGUUGAUUCAAUCAUCAAAAAUAUUUCAUAUUUGUUUUCUAUUUUGCUCAUUGUAGCAAGAUCUCAGUCACCCAAGUCCCAAUAAGUUAUUGAAUGUGUCAUACAAUUUGCUAAUAAAAAAAUUUGUACCAAA